AUUAUGUUUACCAUAUUUUUAGAUAUUAUAGUUGAUACAUCAAUGUUAGUAGAAUGGCUGCAGCUGAAAAGAAACCAGAAUCAAGUUUAGUAACUGAAGGAAAAGCCUCAAUAAUCUUCCCGAGUGCUAACAGUGUGUUUUAUAAUCCUGUUCAGGAGUUUAACAGAGAUAUCACAAUCGCAGCAAUCACAGAGUUUAUUAAAGAAAAGUUGAAGAAAAACAAAAUUAACGCCGUUGAAUUUGGUCGUGAAGAUGCCGCGUCAGUUAUUUCAUUGAACGAAGAUGAAACGGAAGAAAAGAUUUACCCGGGGGAAAAAUAUGAGGAAGGAGUUACGAUCCUCGAAGCGUUAUCGGCCACCGGAUUACGAUCGGUUCGUUUUGCCAAAGAACUUCCCGGCGUUAAGAGGAUCGUGGCAAACGAUUUGUCACAUGACGCAUUCCAGUUGAUCGAGCGCAACAUCAAACACAACGAAGUCGGACACCUAGUGGAAGCGAACUUGGGAGAUGCAACGACAUUCAUGUAUUCGAACCGUGGUAAAUUGAAAGAGUUCGACGUGAUUGAUAUUGACCCUUAUGGGAGCGCGGCUUGUUUCCUGGACGCUGCCGUGCAAGCUGUUAAACCGGGUGGUUUACUAUGCGUCACUUGUACCGAUAUGGCCGUAAUGGCCGGCAACUUCCCUGGAACUUGUUGGGCUAAAUAUCAAUCAGUUCCGCUCAAGUCUAAAGCUUGUCAUGAACAGGCGUUACGGAUCGUGCUGGGUUCGAUUUCUUCCCACGCUGCUCGUUAUUCUCGCUACAUCGUCCCCCUGUUGUCACUUAGUGUGGAUUUCUAUGUUCGUAUAUUCAUGCAGGUUCAUUAUAAACCAAGUAUUGCGCAACAAGCAUCAAGUAAACAGAUCAAGAUAUAUCGCUGCGUUGGAUGUGGUUCGUUGCAUCAACAGAACAUAGUGGAUGUUAAAGGGACAGAGAAAAACCCCACCUACUUUGCAAGUGUCGGUCCCCCUGUUGAUGAACGAUGCGUCGAGUGCAAUCAUAGAUUUAAGAUUGGGGGACCGUACUGGGGAGCAGCCAUGCAUGACCAAGAUUUUGUUCGUAGAAUUUUAACAUCGGUGAAAAAUUUUCCUAAAAGAUUUGGAACUUCUGAACGAAUCAUAGGAAUGUUGACCAUGGUUGCUGAGGAAUUACCGGAUGUUCCUUUUUAUUACAUCACUGAUGAACUCUCGAUGACCUUGCGUUGUGGUUCGCCGUCAGCUAAACUAAUCAGAUCCGCCAUAUUAAACUCAGGUUACAGAGUCUCCUCGUUCCAUGGAAGAGUAAACUCAAUAAAGACGGACGCCCCGUCUACAUUUAUAUGGGAUGUGAUGCGUACGUGGGGCAAAAGUCAAAACAUAAAGACGGAAAAAUUGAAAGAAGAUUCUGCGGCGAAAUUUAUUCUUAACAAAGCGAUUGUGACGAAAAAAAUAGAUUUUACCGACCACAAAGAAGCUGACCCCGUGUCGAAGGUCAAAGGAAUAACCAGGUUUCCCGAGUUGCCUGCUAACUGGGGACCCAAGGCUCGCGCGAAGACAAACAAAGACGGUAAAGUUGAAAUAUCGAACGAUUUAAAAGAAAGGAGCAAAAAAUUUCAAGGAAAAAGAAACAAAAAGUUGACAGAGGAAUCGGAGUCAAAGAAAAUAAAACUUUGAGAAUUUUAGGAAAUUGUUUAAAUUUUGUUGGGAGGAAAUAAACAAAACAUACUAAAUUGUUUUUCUUAGCGUUGUGUUUAAUUUUAUGCAUCGUGUUUCAAGGUGUGUAGUAGUAAAAAGUCUAAGGCGGCAUAUUUUGAUACUGGAGAUGAUUGUCAGGGUUUUUAAUCUAUGUUACGGAAACCCUGACAUGUGUCACAGCGUUAUUAUUGUUAGGGAAAAUAGUUAAAU